AUGACAAACGGAGUAAACUUCAGUUCUGCUCGUGUUUCUGAUUCGAACGUUGAACAGCAGUUCCCGAAAUUCAAGGGAAAGGUGAUCAAACGCGAUGAUGCUAACUAUGAGGCUCAAUGCUAUCAGUAUGCAUCGAGCUCGUACUUGGAGGAGGACAUCAUUCAACCGGCGGCUAUCAUAAAGGCAGCAGACGACAGCGACGUGAUUAAAGCUAUCAAGUACGCGAGCGACAACAAAAUCGCUGUGGCCGUGCGCACAGGAGGUCAUCAAUACAGCGGUGCAUCGUCUACAAGUGGAAGAAACAUUCAACUCGAUUUAUCUCAGACGUACAGGGAUUUUGAAUGGGAAGAUGAGAAUUGCACGUCGGUGACGUUCGGUGUCAGCUUCUCGUUAGGCGAGUUCAAUGCCAAGCUCAGGGAAAAAAAUCGAUUUGUGCCACAUGGUCAAUGUCAGUACGUAUAUAUGGGUGGACAUAUCCAAACUGGAGGAUACGGUCAGUUGGCCAGAAGUUUCGGGCUCCUCUCAGAUCAUGUCAAAAAAUUCCGCAUUAUUACCGCCGAUGGUCAAGUGCAUUGGGUUUGCCGCAACCUUUACCAGGACCAGGAUUUGUUUUUCGCCGUGCUGGGUGGGAGUCCUGGGAAUUUUGGGGUGCUUACCCACGUCUCACUGCACGUCUUCAGAGAUCAAGACCAUCCGAAUUCUCGCGGACUUAGAGCCGCAUACCCAUACGAUCGCCAACGUUUCAAGGCCCUGUUGAAUGUCAUGGUGGAAAUGGCCGAAGAUGAAAAUUUCCCUGCUGAUUACGACUAUUGUAUCAUGGUGUCGGAAGAGUGUCAGUUUGACACUAAAGAGUUAACCUAUGACAUGAUAUAUGAUCGCACGCCACAUCAGGUAGUUUGGCCCCGGAUGAUCGUUGUUUUCGCGCAGUGGUCCAAUCUGCAAGGAGAUCAACAAAGCUACAACCCAAACUUCAUCGACAAAAUUCGACAGGUCGCCGGCAAAGGGAUAAUUCAAGUCAGCGACAAGGUAUACACACCAAUGUCUAAGUUGACCAGCCACUGGAUUAUUCCUAUUUCACGAGAGUUCAAAUAUCCGUACGUCAAGCGUACAUACUCGUCUAAUUCCAGUUCCCAGAGACUCAAGGAUCUCAGAUGGACGGAUUGGGUUUACGAUCGAAUCGAAGUUGGUCACUGCCUGAGUUUGAAAUUGUCAGCACAAUUUCAGCAUAUUGGUGGCUCCAAUUCACGAUUUUUCCAAAAUGGAAAGAACAGUCCCACAUCGUUUAGUUGGCGAGACACACGCCUUGGCUGCACGAUGGAUGCUUUUUACCAUAGCGGCCAACGCGAGCAGGCGAUAAAGUGGCAGCAAGGAAACGAUGAGGGAGUUGGAAAGCCGAAGGCCAAAUUUUGCGAACAUGAUCGUCGCGUUUUGUGGGGAUCUCACGAUUUGGACUUGAGUGCCAAUCAGCAGUAUUAUUACGACCAACACCCAGAAGGAAAGUACGAACGACUUUGCAAUAUCAAACAAAAGUAUGACCCGUCUGGCCUGUUCACUCCGAACAGAUUUUGCAUCGGCCUCUCAGUUUCAAUGCAACUUAUAAUCAAGCUCGCUGAUUCUGAGAUCGCAAAAGAAGUAGUCACCGAUAUGGAACUCCAGGAUAAGUCUCAACUGAGCUCAAAAGACAAAUUUUGGAAAAUAGCAAAGAUGGAGAGAGAGGACGGCAAGCCUGUUCCUCUGUGGGAUAUCUGGCGCGCAUAA